GUUCUAUGUAAUUUUAAUUUAUUUUACUUGUAAAAGAAUGUUUAAAUAUGAAAGUGAACGUAUAAGACAUGAACUUAGUCAUUUACCUGGAUUUGGCUGUGAUAAAUGUGAUAAAAAAUUUACUUAUAUUUCAGCUCUAAAGCGACACCAGAAACAACAUGAAAGAACUGAAAGUGUUCAAUGUGAUAAAUGUAGUCAUAGUUUUAAAGAUGAGAUUCUUUUAAAGCGCCAUAUAAAAUAUGCUCACGAAGGUACUUAUAUCUGUUCAGAAUGUGAUGCCAAAUUUAACAGCAAGCAGGCUCUGCGUAUUCAUAUAAUAACGCACAAACCAAAGUCUGAGAGGAAGUACCAGUGCAGUCAUGCGAAUUGUCAUAAAGCAUUUAACUUUUCACACCAUCUAAAAUAUCACGAGAUGACACAUACAAAUACCAGAAAGCACUUUUGCAAAAUAUGUGGGAAAGGUUUUAUUCAGUCCCACAAUUUAAAAGUUCAUAUUAUGAACAUACAUGAACCCACUACAUGGCUACCUUGUGAGAUGACCAACUGCAAGAAAAAGUUUUCUUCAGAGUAUGCACGAAAGAGACACCAUGCUAGACACAGUGAGUGCAUAAAUAACUAGUAUUUUUAGUAUGUUAUUAGUGUUUUACAAAUUAUAGCGACUGAAUGGCUUAGAAAUCGGAGACACUUAAAGCCGUGCAGGUUCGCCGCUUGAGUCUGAAGGCUUGUUAAUAGACCCGGGGCGUGGAGAUGGUGUCUAUUAUUUCAAAUUCCAUAAAUAAUUAUGGAAUUAUUAGUGUGAUAUUUCAAAUUCCACAAAUAACUAUUAUUACCUAAAGGCUGAUUCUAAAUUUAAAGAAAAUUUUUAUUCCUAGUGGUGGAAAAAUGGAGGAUGAAUUUUUUAUUGCUUGUACUACUUAUUUUACUUAAUAGGGUAACAAUAUUAAAACCUUAUAAACGACGAUCGACAUUAAAAAUUAAAAAGAAUAAAAAUAAUUUCCUCAUAAUAAAUAGUUAGUAGUAUAUUAAAAAUUUAAUUUUUAAUACUAUGUCUUACCUUUCAGUGCAUUCAUCAUUCUUUUUAGUAUUUUUUUUAAGUUGGUUGUUACUUUUUGUUAUUUGUGAUAUUUUAAAGAUCAAUCACUAGGUGCUUAUAUUAAAAUAAUAAACAUUCCAGACUCAUUAAUAAAUAAGUGAAUGAUGCUAACUCUCCAAAAUUUUUAUAGCCAGUUUUUAUCAUAGAGAUAAAAACUAGCCAUAAAAUUUUUGGAGUUCGUAUCUACAUGGCAAACUUUGUAGGGCAGGGCUUACAACCCGUCAAUGUUCACAUGAAACUUCGCCCGGCUGACGUACGCGCGACUAACUGAAAAAAGUAGCUCUUUUUUCGCUUAUUGUGUGUGGCUGGGUGCUAUAUGCAAUGGAAAAAUGUAUGUUAUUGUACAUUUAAAAAAGCUUUUAUUUUACAUUAAAAAAGGUAUAUAGUCCUGAUAAUUCCAUUCAAAUUGUCAUUACUUAUAUCUGUCAUUAGCAAGUCAUACUUACAGCAGCAGAUUUACCUGACAGAUCUGUUGAAUACCAGCCUAAAAUAGCAGCUUAAAGCUGCUGUUUUUCGUAUGGUGAGGGUAGAGAACCGGAGAACCUUUUUACUGGAAACGAGGCAUUCCAUCUUACUUCUUAGGGCUGGCAACGCAUCUUCAUUUUGAUUCGUAAUCGAGGAUAGAUGUAGAUGUCUAUGGGCCACAGUAUCCACUUACUAUCUGUUGGCCGUGUGGGCCUGCUAAUGUAUGGUGAGGCUUAGGCACAGAUUUAUCCCCCUGAUUUCUGCCUGCUGCCCGCUGCCCGUGCUCAAAACCAAUGGUUCGGACAUGGACCGCAAGGGUCAGAUAAAUCCGAGCGCCAACUGUGCGUGCGUGCAUAGAAACAUGUUUAGAACACAGGGUUCUAGGGAGAGCGUUUCGGCUCGGGUUUUAAGUUAACUUUAGCGGGAUACUGAUAUAAGCUGACGUAAAAAGGAUCGGAUUUUCAAUUCGGUUGUGUUUCAAAUGUACAUAUACAGGGUUAUCUUUUAAAGAGUAUCCAAAUUUUAUAUUUAAGUUUAAAUAUAUAAAUAAUGAUUUAUGGGCAACAACUACGCGUAUGCGCGCUCCUCUGUGUGCGAUUCAAUUCACAACGUUUUUGAGGACCGAGUGACUCUUACGAAUAUGUGCGUGCGUAGUAAAAUAGUAGGCUUACCACGCAUUCUGAAUUUACAAGAUAAAAAGGACAGAAUGUUUGAAAUAUUUUUAAAUUAUUUUUUCUCUACCAUUCGCCUAUAUUACUUAUUCCGACACUUCUCUGCAAAUUUGGGCGUAUAUUGCAUAAUACCAUAUGUAACUCAACAUCUCUGAGAAUAGUUAAAGCUACUUUUCUUUAAAGAAUGAUUACUUGAACAGUUAUCUCAAAUCCAUCCUGAUGUAAUAAUUAAAGUCAGUUAAUAAUUUGUUUACAAUAAUCUUAUUUGAAUUUAGAAAACGAUUUUACGUGUAUAAGAUAAAUUAUCUAUUUAUUCUUCUGCUUUAUCAGCUUGUAAAGUUUUACUGCUGGGCCUCUACCAUAGGUAAGAUUUGCGUCAAUAUCCACGCUUGGCAGGAUUAUCAGAUGUCUCGCAUUGAUGGCUCUAUUUGACGCUGCUCUUAGCUACUUUCCGUUGCCGAUCUGGUUAUUUUACAUCUAGCGUUAACGAGAUGUUAAUACCACCAUCUAUUAAGAUUUUUCUAGUACUACCCAUAGCCGCUUCUUGUGCAGGCGGUAGUGACGUAAGAAAUAAUGUAUUUACAACAAUAAAUCACUAAUUUGGUUUAAAAUUUUAUUUCAAUUUUAGAGAAUUUCGUAAAAGAAGAGAAAAAACCACCAGAUCGUAUUUCCGGUUCCGCUGCUUUAUCUGACGGUAUGCUUUUUACUGUUAUAAUAAAAUACAGUUACAUUUUAUAUUAUUGGUAUGUGUUCUCAUAUUUUAUUACAGGUUUUCCGUGCACUACCUGUGGUCAGUUAUUUUUACCAUCAUUUUAUGAAGAACAUAAACUUAACUGCAUUGUAAAAGAUUAUGAGUUAUCAAAUGACAAACCCUUUGAUUUAUCGUCAAAAGUAAAAACAAAAGAAUUUCAAACUAGUAAUAAAGAUGACUUACUCGGUGCUUCAAAGAUCACUGAAGAAUAUGUAAGUACCUGUACAGCUGUUUUGGGGAAGUGUCUAGUAACUGGUGAUACAAGUGUGAGUUCAAAUUGUUUAUGUGCUCAAAUGGUUAAAUCUGAUAAAAACUAUAAUAGGACAAGUGAAGAAACAACCACAGAUAUUAAUAUAAAAACGACUGAUAUAAAAGAAAUCGAUAAUGCAACAAAAACAUGCGAAAGCUGUUCCUGUUCCGUCGUAAACACAGAAGAAAAAUUUACUAGCCAUGUAAAUGUCGGCGGCCAAACAAUGAAAAAGUCAAAAAGGAACAAUAAUUGCAUGCCAGAUUUUGAAUACGCAACUGAUGGAACGGUUAAAGUAAUAAAUACAAUUGACCCGCAAUUUGAAGGUAUUGCUAAUAAAUGUAAUAACAACAAUAUUAAAAGGAAAUUUGAUUUUAGAGGUAGGACUAAUGAAUUUACAAUACCGUAUAAUAGCUGCAAGGCUGUUUUGGGUAAAUGUAUAGUAAGCGAAAAUGGUUUGAUAAAUGACGACUGUCUGUGUGCUAAAAUGCUUAUUGAUGAACAGCAAAUGACAAGUCAAGAAAUUGAGGAAAUCACGCCGCAUCCUAAUUGUUCCAGUCUGUGACACAUGGUAAAAUUUUAUAUAAUUAAAACGGUUAUAUGUAAACAAUUCUAGUUCCAGUUAUUAUUUAGGAUUAAAUGAGAUGAGC